GUUCAGUCAACCAUCUCCGCCGUGAUGGCACGAAGAUGAUUUGUGAUCGGGAAAUCCUGCAGAAGUGCAUUCGCGGCUGGUUCGGAUCUAUCGACAAUUUCGACAAGUCGGUUCAGUCGUCGGUAUCUGCAGCCUUUCGGAAACAGCUUGGCAGGAAUACGCUGCCAUACCUAUGGAUGCUCGGCGUUGGGUCCCCGAUUCUCUGGGCUUUGCUGAGCAUCGUCGUCCAAGAGCUGCUUAUUGGAGAUUACACCCUCUUCGUUCGAGACACCGUCUAUUUGCUGGCAUAUUGGCUUCUGGCGCUUCCGUUAAUCCUGGCCGUGACGUUCAAGCUGGUUUUCUGCAUGCGGAAACGCCGCGGCUGCGUUGUCGACUUCUUCUUGAACAGCUUCUGCGUGCUGGUCAUUUUGGUGAUGUUCGCGGCGGUCGACAUGUCCAACGUGAUGAUCAAGAACCUCCUCGCUGCCAGCUCGCUCGCAGAG